UCACAGUGCACGAGGAGGUCGUGUUUUGAUUUCCUGAAGGCGUUAUGGCUGCGCUUAGUGCUUGUUGGAUAAGGUAUAGACAUUUACCUCGCCUCACGCCUCAGUUUGUCCGCGUCUUCAAGAAUGCCAUAAGUCCCCAGGUGCCACAAGUCCCAUCGGUGCGAUAUGUUCACCGGACGUCACGCUCCUGGCUCUCGGACAAGUGGGGGAAUAAAGCCCGCAUCCCCGAGACUCCCCACCACCAACUGACAGAACUGGACAAGGCAGAUGCGUUGAUGCUGAGGAAAUCACACGAAACAGGCUUCCUCUCGUGGUUCCGGAAUGGACUGCUGGCCACAGGGAUCGGCGUCAUCGCCUUCGUACAGAGUGACGUGGGCAGAGAGGCAGCCUAUGCCUUCUUCAUCCUGGGCGGCAUGUGUGUGUCGUUCGGCGGGGCGUCCUACGUGGGUUCCCUCCUCACCCUGCGCCGCUUCAUGCUUCUCUCCCUUCCUGCCGUCCUGCUGCACGCGGCCGUGGUGUCCAGCGCUGCCCUCUUCUGGCUGUGCGCGGUAUCGCUCUACGUCGGCCGCUUGGAGGUGGAGAUCAUCCACGACGACGACGAAGAGGAGGAUGAUGAUAGAGGGAUGAGGGACGACCAUCAUCACCGGAGGAGGAGAGGAGAGGAGGAAGAGGAGUGUCCAGACUGCAGAGCCAGGAGGGAGAGGAGGAAAUGAGGAGAGAGGAGAGGAGGAGGAGAGGAGAGGAGGAAGAAUUAGGGGAGGAAAUGAGGAA